AUUGGUCAGUUUGGAACUAGGCUGCAUGGUGGAAAAGAUGCUGCAAGCCCUAGAUAUAUCUUUACAAUGCUCAGUCCUUUGGCACGAUUGGCUUUCCCAGAAGUGGAUAACAACGUGCUAAAAUUUCUGUACGAUGAUAACCAACGAGUUGAACCUGAAUGGUAUAUUCCAAUCAUUCCUAUGGUGCUGAUCAAUGGUGCUGAAGGCAUUGGGACUGGCUGGUCAUGUAAAGUUCCUAAUUAUGACAUUCGAGAAGUGGUCAAUAACAUUCGACGUAUGCUUGAUGGAGAUGAGCCAUUAAGAAUGAUUCCUAGUUACAAGUAUUUCAAGGGGACAAUAGAUGAACUAGGACAAAAUCAUUUCAUUAUCAAUGGAGAGAUAUCUGUUCUUAAUUCAACCACCAUUGAAAUUUCAGAGCUUCCUGUUCGGACAUGGACACAGACUUACAAAGAACAGGUUCUGGAGCCUAUGCUGACUGGCACAGAGAAGACUCCAUCACUCAUAACAGACUAUAAAGAGUACCACACGGACACCACUGUCAAAUUCAUCAUAACAAUGAGUGAACAGAAACUAGUGGAGGCAGAGGCUAUUGGUCUACAUAAAGUCUUCAAAUUACAAAGUCCUCUUUCUUGUAGCAAUAUGGUACUUUUUGACCAUGCAGGCUGCCUUAAAAAAUAUGAGACUGCAGAGGAUAUUCUAGACGAAUUCUAUCAAGUCAGACUGCGUUAUUAUGGUUUAAGAAAAGAGUGGCUCGCUGGCAUGCUGGGUGCAGAAUCUGCAAAACUAAACAACCAAGCUCGCUUCAUCCUUGAAAAAAUAGAAGGGAAAAUAGUGAUAGAGAACAAGCCCAAGAAAGAAUUAAUACAGGUUCUCAUUGAAAGGGGUUAUGAUUCUGAUCCAGUAAAGUCAUGGAAAGAAUCUCAACAGAAGGACAUUGAUGAAAAUGCAGAAGAAGAUACUGAUAAAGAAAAUGAAUCGACUGCAGCAGCCAGUGGGCCAGAUUUUAACUACCUUCUGAACAUGCCCCUCUGGUACCUAACAAAAGAAAAAAAGGAUGAAUUGUGUAAGCAGCGGGAUAAUAAAGAAACAGAGUUAGAAAACCUGAAACAGAAGGAUCCUACUGACUUGUGGCGAGAAGAUAUGGCUGCUUUCAUUCGGGAACUUGAUGUGUUAGAAGCAAAAGAAAAACAGGAUGAGAUGUUAGGAAUCCCAGGCAAGCCCAGAAAAGGGAAAGGAGGGAAAGCAAAAGCAAAAACCCUUCAGCUCCAGGAAAUCCUCCCUUCUCCCCAAGGGAGGAGAGUUAUCCCCCGAAUAACCAAUGAGAUGAAAUUGGAGGCAGAGAAGAAAUUAAAAAGAAAAAUCAAGACUGAAAAAAUUGAGCUUGACGAGAAUCAAGAUCUCCCAGGGACCAGCAAGGAACCGAUAAAUCUUAAACAAAGAUUGAUGAAGAAACUGAAAAUGGACUCAGCAACAUGUAUGCAAGAUUCUAAUUCAGAUACGGAUGAAGCUGCUUUGGCUGAAGCCUGUUUGAAAAAUAUAAUAAAACCAAAGGCUAUUCCUGCGAAACAAAAGGAAGUGAGGUUCAAAUCAUCAGAAGUACCGAGCAGUAGUUUGGGCAAUCAGCCUUCUGUUCAGGAACCUUUCACUAAGAAAAAGGCAAAAACAAAACACAUCAAGCCUAAGAGUUCAGGUUCCAGUUCAGAUGACAACCCCCAAAAGCUUACCAAAAUAAAGCAAGCUGCUAAAAGAAGGAUUUCAUCUUUCAGUAGUGAAGAUUCUGAUUCUGACU